AUGCGCCAAUCUUAUCAGUUGUGUGACUGGGCAUAUAGAAAAGCAGAAUUCUGUCACAAGGCAGAUUUCGGUGUCUCGUCUGAGGACAGAUCCCGAAUCUCCGACCUUGAGCUAAUUUUUAGACCCACCCUGAAUCUCGAAUUCAUCAACGAAGGUAUCAAGAAAAUACUGUCCCUCAACUCAUUUGUCAUGGUUUUCGGUCGAAGCACAAAGGCCAAUCUGCCGCCUGUCUCUGUAUCCGAUGUGCGAAAGGAAUACGACACGCGCAUCGAGCAGUUUCUCGAUGGGGUUGGCGAAUCCAGCUCAAGGGGAUUCUGGAGCAAAGAGGAGCCCCUACAGGCUCUAUUCGAUUGGGCGUUACGAGUCCGCGCAAAGCAGCGAAAAACGGAACAGAAACUUACCGAGCAAACUCAGGCGUACAACGAGCAAGUUGAUGCAUACAAAAGAAUGGAGAAGAACCGCCAGGGACUUUUAAAGGCGAAAGCUGAGCUGGAAGGAAAACAUUCCAAAGCGCUUUCUGAGUUGCAUAGCAUAAAACGAAACCAUCAGGACGAGAUCGAGACCCUGACUUUGCAACAUUCGACAAGCAUGGGCGAUCUAGAAACUAAGAUGCGAGACCAGAGGAUUGCAUGGGAGACCGCAUUUGAAAGUCAAAAACAGCAGAAUGAACAAGCCAUCAAGCGCUUGAUGAGGGAGCACAAAAGAGAAGUUGACAAUAUGCAGAAUAACUACACGGUGGAGACUCAGACUUUACUGUCCGAUCAUAAGGCGGAAACGACAACAAUGAGAGAACGUCACGAAGCCGAGCGAGACAGGCUCAUCGGGCAGCUGCUCGUGAACCAAGAUGAUAGCCAGGAGUGGCCUGACGAUAAAUUAAAGGCUAGGUUUCUUGAGAUGCAUCGCCUCGUGGAUUCCAUAGCUUCACCACAACGGCAAGAGUUUAGGUUCCCAGCAGAUGCCAACAUUGACUCAGACUUGGACCCGAACGGAUUCUUUCAGAGAAAUAAGAGAGGGAAGGGCCACUAUCUUGUGAAGAGCGUCAUCUGGGGUAUCCUACAAGACCAUUUUUUUGGUAUGCCUUUUGGAUUCGGGGCAUUUGGUCCUGGCAAUGUGCACGAAGAACUCCUAGCUGCCUUCAAUAACUGGAGGAGAUUAUGUCAAGGUGGCGAAAAUUCAGAUCCGAUUGGUAGCUCUGAUCUCAACAUUUUCGAGGUCGACCGCCUUGCAAACCGUUGGCGUACGACAACUUUCCAAGGUGUCAGUCACAUUGGAAACGAGGAUACUGGGGACUCGCACAGCACUACGUACAAGCUGAUGGCUAAGAAUAGGGAAACAUCGAAAGCCCAGAUUGUGAACUACUUAUCGGCGGUCGCCGCAUUGUCCCAGAAUAUCGUGAAACCCGAUGUGGAGGAAGAGAUACGACAAACCACAAGGCAAGCGGAGGAAAUUGCUCUGCAGUUUGGUAUUCAUUCAUCGAAAUUGCUUUUGCUGAGCCCUGAUCAUGCCUGGAGUGGAGAUCCUGCCCCAGGGCUUCUCAAAUUCACCCCCGGCAAGGAAAAUGGUGUUUCUAGGCAGACUAUCGUGCACUGCAAAGGAAGUCCCGACAGGUAGACUAUUCCUCACUCUCACAAGUCGCACGGCAGGAUUGGGAAAUAUUCGGAGACUCAGAGAUCGAG